AUGUAUAAUCUGACAAUUGGAUUACCUUGGAGUAAAGCUAGGACUCUCAAAGAGCUCACGUCAACUAAGCAAAACUGGGGCAAGACACCUCCCGUUAUCAAAAGUUUGGCUCUUAAAAUAGACAAGGAAUCAGAUCUGAAGAUUGACUAUGUAGCCAUAGAGCAUGAACUGGACGAUCUUCUCCAGUUGCUUCCGCCUGGACAAAGCUUCGAAUGGGAAGAUGCGUCUGGACUUGCGUGUAUGCCACAAAGGAAAGGGCCCACUGUAAUUCAACCUUUAGACAUCGGGGUUGCAAAACAGCAUAAAUUCACUGCAGUAGAACGCUGUGAGGCGGUCCUGCAACCAGAUCUUUGA